AUGGACCUCCGCGCCCUGGCGCUGCUCGCCUUCGCCCUGGCCGUCAUCUCCCUCUCGGAGGAGAAACCCGUCAGCCUGACUUACCGAUGUCCCUGUCGAUUCUACGAGAGCAACGUGGCAAGAGCCAAUAUUAAGCACCUCAAAAUCCUCUCCACACCCAACUGCUCACUUCAGAUCGUUGCAAGGCUCAAGAGCAACAGCAAGCAAGUGUGCAUUGAUCCCAAGUUAAAGUGGAUCCAGGAAUAUCUGGAGAAAGCUUUAAACAAACCACGUCAUCGCACUCAUAAAAAAAAGCAACAGAAGAAACGGGGCCCACGCUGCCCUUCCCGUGCAACAUCACUAAAGUCUCCAGGGAGAAAGAAUGGAGGUUCAAGAUGUAAGAGGCAAGCAUUGUAAGCCGUCUACAGGAUUUCUUACUGUAGGACCCAGAGAGCAGAUAACCAGUAUUAGGGAAUGAAUACAUUUCACUGCUAACAUGCAGCACAAAAGCAACGCUUCACGCAUUUUCAAAGGUUUUUUUCUUGUUUAUUUUUGGUGGGGUUUUUUUUUGUUUGUUUUUUUUUCCCCUUGCACAAAUUGGCUUGCUUUCACAGUGCUAUUUUUAUAUAGUAAGAUGUAACUAUUUGAGAAAAACAUGAAUUUAUACAGGUUGGUUUAUUACCUAGCACUGGGGGCAGAUACCAAUUUAAACUAACCCUGUUAUUAUAUAAUAUUUUAUUUCCUUUUUUGUGUAGAGGUCCUGCUUUAUUUAACUUUCUUUUGGUUCAUUCAAGUCUCCUGGAGUUUUAAACCUAGAAGGACAUGAACUGUACAGUGCAAUGAUGUUGUGUAAGUAGUGGUGGAACUCCUUGCCUCCAGAAGUCAUAGAGACCAGGAACAUAGGAAGGCUCAAAAGCAUCAGACUGAUGACAGUGGACAACAUUAGCCUGAGUGGCAUUUACAGAUACUUUGUGUGAGUGAUUAAACUCAGGAGAACAGGGCUAAAACCCUUCUCUGAAGAUCAUAAACCUUGAUGACA